AUGCAAAGUUACGAGGUUGGUUGCUUAACGAGAGUUGUAACUGCGUACAAACUUUUGCCCGAGGAAGGCCUUAGGGAUAGUUCGUUAAGAUUAUUGCAAACAUUCUAUCCCAUUGGAAUAUCGUCCUCAGACUUUGGCAUGUUUCUAUAUUGCCAUGAGUGUGAGAUUUUGUUGCAAGAAAUGGACGUCAUCAACCACUUUCUUUCUCACAAGCCAAAAGAUGUGGGCAGUAGCAUUCUCAUUCCUGAGGAUUAUGAACCCCCGGAAAAUGAGUACGAGAGUCAAUUGGAGUACUUGCUAGAUCCCAUCAGGGAAGAUCUCGUCUUGACUCGAAAACAGAUCCUUAAUCUGUUUGAGCCCGUGUCUCGUUUUCCUACCAGGUCAUUACUUCCGGGGAUACAAACAACGAAUCAUGUCCUGGAAUGUUGCAAAUGUUUAUUUUAUGAUUCCAAGGAAUUCAAAAAGCAUGUGCAACUGCACCAUCAAGAACGAGACCCCCCUAAAAAGUUCGUAAUCGUUCAAAAGCUGAAAGUUUCGUCUACCGACGCAAAUGACGACGAAACUAAAACUCUAAUAUUUCCGGCCACAGAUGACUGCAAUUACAUAAUAGAAUAG